UUUAUUUCUGGCAGUCAGAGUAGUAACCGAUUUAUUAACCAUCCAAGAUGAUUUUUGUUUAUUUGUGUUGUUUCCUUCUGUUUUUGUACUAUCUCUACCGAAAAAAUUACAAAUAUUGGGAAUCAAAGGGAGUUCUGACUGAAAAACCCUUUUUUAUUUUUGGAAGUUUCUACGAUGUGGCCCUUCGAAGAAAACACUUGUUUCACAAAGUUCGAGAAAUCUACGACAAGUUUUCAACCCCUUACGUUGGCAUCUACAUCUUCAACCAACCGACUCUAGUGAUCCGAAGUCCCGAAUUAUUGAAAAAAGUGUUAGUGAAAGAUUUCGACAAAUUUAUAAACCGCAAAGUGGCAGCCAACGAAUCGGUCGAUCCAGUGUUCUUCCACACACUUUUCAGUGCAAAGAACGACAACUGGCGCAAUCUCCGUGCAAAAAUUUCCCCAGUUUUCACUUCAGGAAAAAUCAAACUGAUGUUCCCUUUGAUGAAAGAAUGCGGAACUGAUUUGCUCAACUAUUUCAAGAAGCGGAGUGGUGGAGUUAUAGAAGCUAGAAAUGUGACGAAGAAAUAUGCCGUAGACAUAAUAUCAUCAUGUGCUUUUGGCAUAAAUUCUUAUUGUUUGAAAGACGACAACUCUGAAAUUAUGCAAAUUGCAACACAACUCGUUGAUUUCAAGUCGUUUAUUAGAAGCAUCUCAAUCUUCUGUUUCUUUUUCAUGCCAAAACUAGUCGAUAUAUUUAGACUAACUUUUGCGGACAAGAAAGCUUCCGAAUAUUUGAUGAAUGUUUUCAAAACUACUAUAAACGAACGUCGGAAAAAAACAAUUGUUCGCAACGACCUGAUUGAUAUGCUGCACAAUUUAAAGGAAAAUAGUAGCAGUUCAGAUUUCACCUUUGACGAUGUGAAAAUGGCAGCACAAGCUUUGUCUUUCUUUUCUGCUGGAAAUGACACGACCUCCAUAACAAUUACUUUCGCUCUCUACGAACUGGCCUUAAAUACUGAUAUUCAGAACCGACUACGUGAAGAAAUUAGGAAACGUUACGAAGCUCAUGGUGACUUUACUUACGAAGCUAUUCAAGAAAUGAAGUACUUGGAAAUGGUCCUAUGUGAAACUCUGAGGAAAUAUCCUUUGACGAUUUUCUUAAAUCGUGAAGCUGUCUCCAAUUACACGCUUGAAGAGUCUGGACUCACAAUAGACAAAGGGACCUCUAUCAUGAUUCCUGUUGCGGGAUUACAUUUCGACGAAGAGUAUUUUCCAAAUCCUGAGAAAUUCGACCCGGAGCGUUUCAGUGACGAAAAUAAAAGUAAAAUAGUUCCAUACACCUAUAUGCCGUUUGGAGAUGGUCCAAGAAUAUGUAUUGGGCAAAGAUUUGCCAUGUUAGUGAGCAAAGUUGCUUUGGCUUACAUUCUUAAAGAUUUUGCCGUCGAAAAAACAGAUUCUACUACCGUUCCAAUGCAGUUGGACCCGGGGGCUAUAUUUUUAAUGAAUAAAAAUGGAGUAAAUUUAAGAGUAGUUGAAGUGAAAUAAUGUAUAAAUAUAAAAAAGAGAUUUAAAAAUUAAACAAUUUUUUUGA